GCUCAGUCGCCUCCAGCAGCUACCGACAUCGCUGCAGCAGGCUGGGGCAUCCGAUGCAGCCCUCGGCUUCAUCGAUGCGGACAUCACUGCGAUCCGCGAGACGAUGGUCGACACCAGGACGCUCGACGAGCAGCUCGCAGGCAUCACAGGGGCAAUCACUCGAACAGAACGCCGUGCACAAGCAGCCCAGGACGCCAUGGCGCAAGCCCAGGCCGUGCUCCAGAAGGAGGAGGAACAGCUGGCGCGCCACCGCCAGUCUUCGGCCGAUGUUCAGGCGAAGAUCCGCCGCGAGGCGGGCCUUUCGUCGUCUUUCCGCCAGUGGCGGGCGCCGUCCCGCCUUGGUUGGGUCGCCAGCGCCCUGCAGGACACGGCCAACUGGCUCCGGGGGAACACGGACAAGCAGGCGCAGCCCGGGGAGGUCGCCACGUGGCUCGAGAACCUCACCCAGACUCUAUCGCCAUCACCGCCAUCCCCAACUUCACAGACACAGACGCCGACCUUUGCCUACAGCGCCCAGAUCCCGCACCACUGGUGCGAGCGCCGCUGGGGCCCAGACGGAUGGCUCUACUCCCAGGAACAGUUCCACAGCUGGUUCGGGGCGGAGGACAUGGAGACGGACCUCAAGGAGGAGCCCGCGCAGCGGAACCAGGACGUCCUGGCGGAGGCGAGCGACUCGCUCACGCCCGCCACCGGCCGCAGGCCCCUGCGGACCAAGCAGGGCGUCCCCGAGAUCUCACCGCACGCGCCCCCAACGCCACAGCCGGGGGAGCCCGGACUUCACGGGAAGCAGUCCGCUGAUUUCGGGCAAAGAUGGCUUUGCCUUGCUUCGGCCAACGUUACCGCGCUCAGCCCCGCUGAGUACAGGAAGAAUGCGAAGGCCGGCAUCGACUCCACCACCCGCGUCGACUACCUGGAUGACCUCUUUCACCGCCACAGGCUCGACAUCAUCUUCGUCCAAGAAGUGCGCCUGCUCCACGAUGUCACAUCGACGGGCACUCACUACCUCCGCCACGUGGCGGCAGGGGACAAAGAUGGGAACUACGGAUCACAGAUUUGGUUCCGUCAUGCCGUUUUUAAGGAUGCCACCAUGGUCUCCAAGGUGACCAGCCCCCGCAUCAUCCUCACGCGCGCGGCCCUGGGCAACACCUUCUUCUAUGCCACCUCGGCCCACGCCCCCACCGACGCGGCCCCAGAGCAAGAGAAGUUCGCAUUCUGGAAGCUCCGCAGGGACACCCUCCGGAGCCUCCCACGCCGAAGGUGCAUCGCCUUCGGAAUCGACUCGAAUGCUGACGACAAGGACACCGCCCCAGGGUCUAACCGAUUGUUCGUGCAGGAGCUCAUGGAAGAACUCUCCGGCGACGACGUGGCGCAGCACCAUGCAUCUUGGUGGAGCUCCACCGACGAGUACCUCGAAUUCAUGUCGAAGGAGCAUUAUAAGCUGCAACAGUUCUACUUCGCAGCGCCGGCACCCAAGCUGCCGCGCAAGCCGUGGCUCUCGCAGGGCACCUGGGCCCUGGUCAAGACGACGCCCAACGCUCGCACGGCCUACCUUCAGGCCACCAGAGCCGCGAAGACAGCCACCCUGCAGUUCUUCUUCCAGGAAGCCGCAGCCGCUGCCGACCACGGUGACACGUCCACGCUGUACCGCAUCGCCAAACAGUUGAGACAGGGCCAGAGGCCCAAAGGCCAUUCAUCUUUGAUCACUGAGAACGGCACGCUGCUCUUCUACCCAGAGGACAUCGCCGCCGACUGGCCUGCGUACUGGGCUGGCUUGUACAGAGGGCAGGUCACGACCGCGGGUCAGCUCAAGUCCGCACCGCAGUGCAAUGCCGGUUGCCUGGUCGGCAAGGCGCCUGCUCCACCUCUCGACUGGCAAAGAUUCCCUGGCGCUUCGCCAGACCAUGUCGCCGACAUCAUCGCCCACCUGCCCGGCCGACGUGCCGUCGGGCCGGACGCCCUCCGCCGCGACGUUGCCACAGCAGCGGGCGAGGGCUGCCCUCGGAUGCUUUCUCCACUCUUCGAGGCAUGCCUGCUGCAGCAGAGGGCCCCAGUGCACUUGAAGGGUGGAACGGGCUUCAUUAUCCACAAGAAAGGCCCGACCCACAUCAAAGACAAUUAUCGCGGAGUGGUCGCCGAGACAGCCUUCGCGAAAACCCACACCGACCUUAUCUCCAUGCCGUUUCUGCCAUCUUACCGGGACGUGCUUGUGCCCGAGUCGCAGGCAGGGUGCGUGAAAGGACGUGGCACGGCUUCCGCAGGAGCCGCCACCGCUGGUUGGAUCUCUCGGCAUAACGCCACUCGGCGCUGCUGGGCCAUCCUUUUCCUAGACCUCAGCAAGGUCUUCGACACGGUCUUCAGGGAGUUGGCCCUGGGUCCGAGGGAUGUAUCGCUCACGAAGCUCAUCCCCGCCUUGAUGCAACGAGGCGUCCCGCCUGAUGUGGCCAGCGCCGUCCACAAGUACCUCAAAGUCCACGGCAACAGAGUGUUCGAUGGCGGAAUCGAGCUGGCGGCGGCCCAGCUGAUCGCAGAUUGGCACAAUGGCACAUGGUCGCACGUGCGACCCAACGACGGACGCGACGUCACGCCAGUCACUGACGACACGCCGGUUGCCUCGUCGACCAUCGGGGCGCGCCAGGGCGACAAGCUCGGCGCCAUCAUCUUCAAUGUCGUCUACGACAUCAUGCUGGCCGAGGUGCGCGAGAGGCUCAAGGAGCUUGGCGUCUCGUCCCGCAUGGCCGUCCCCACGGAUGCCGUGCCCUGGCACACCAACGUCAACCCAGAAGGUGACCUGGAGGAGAUCACCGUCGACGAUUUAGCGGAGCUCUUCGAGGCGGAUACGCCGGCACAGCUCAUCGACAGCCUCACGCAGGCC